GUCCCACUCUGUUAAGAACCAAAAGCUAUUUUUGCAGUGUUAACGUUUCGAACUGGACGCGCUGAAAAUUAAUGAAAUCUUGGCGUGUGUGUUUUAAUUAAAACAGUUGUAUAUAAGUGAGUUGUCAACUUCCCGCAGGCGAGCAAUAUCUUACUAACUCUCCACAAUUUUGCACAGUCAUCCUGUUCGGACGUUAACGGAACGUAGUGUGAAAAUUUUGACAUUAGCAAAAAUAAAAAAACAUAUUGAUUCAUAGAUAUUUAAAGCUUAGUUAACGACCAAGAGUGAUCAUGUCUGACUGGGAAGAUGAGCCUGUUGUGCCUGAGCGCACCGAUCAGAUUCGUAAAUUACGUGAUAAUGUCAAUCGCGACAAUAAGGAGCCACCAUCGAAAUCCAAAGAAUGGAGCGAUGAUGACAAACCGAAUGAGAAUCGUCAGGGAGAUGGCAAUGGCUAUCGUGAGCGACGUGCUAAUGGUGAAGGAGGUGGAUACCGAGCACGUCGUGAGGAUGGCCAAGGUGGGGGCGGCGGCUAUCGUGGACGUCGCGAUGAUGGCCAAGGAGGUGGAGGAGGUUACCGCGGACGUCGUGAUGACGGCGAAGGAGGCGGAGGUGGCGGUGGCGGCUAUCGCAGGCGUAUGGAUAACAAUGAUGGAGACGAGGAAGGUGGAGGCUAUCGUGGACGCAAUGACGAAGGAGGAAGAGGAGGCGGUUAUCGCGGACGUCGCAAUGAGAACGAUGCGGAUCAUUUGAUGUGCUUCAAUUUCAACGUGCCCAAGAGCUAUGAUAAGGAAACCAUUGCAGCAUUUUUAAAGGAUCUAAAUCUUAAUGCAGCCAGUCAGUCGAUCGUUGAGUUACGUAAAAAACGCGACUAUUUGCUAAAAGCUUUCAGAGAACUCGUUAAGCAGGAGUGGGCAAAACUGGAGGAAUCGGACCAGAAACAGCGAAUGGAGGAAUUGAAAAGAUUAUGCCCUGUCUCUGUUAAAAUGUUAGACAUAAUGCCGGAUAUAGAAGAGUUCCUCAAACAACCAGAGGAUGAACUGCUGCAGCUGCAUCGUUUGGAUCUUAAUCUUCGGCAAUCGGGUGAGCAGCAGGAGAAACAGCUGCAGCAGUUGCAGCCGCAGCAGCUGUUAGAAUCGCAACUGAAUGGCGAUGCAAUCGUGGUGCCGGGACAGAGUCGAAAAGCUGUAAUGCGAACGAACUACUCCACAGCUGGCAUGAGAGAUCGAAAGCUAGCCAAGGAGCAGAAUAGAGAAAGUGUCAUAAAACGCAUAACAAAUUUGCUUAAGAGUGCGUCUCGUAACUACGAGCUAAAUGAUGGGGUCGUAGAGCCGGUCGAUGAGGAAUUGGCCAUAGAAAUACCAACGGAGCGAGGAGAGCAACGAGUGCCAACACGUUGGCUAUCGGAGAACUUUAUGCGCUUGCGAGAAAUGCGCAAGCCACAUUUUCCUGAUUCAACUGAAUUGGAGCAACCGCUGUCCUGGCCAUUGGGCGUAGACAAAAGGAUUUGGCUGUCCAAUCGACAGCCGCCUCCGGUACUGAACAUGUGGUUUGUGCAUCGUGCAAGUGACUCGGCUGCUAGGCGAGAGCAGGACCUGGAACAGUAUGAGCUGGAUCUGGAGCUAGCGCUGCCACGUCAGGAUCUGCAAUCCCGCAGUCAGAAUACGCCCAGUCAUGGCGGCUUGUUGCCGUUGAGUGUGCAGGAUAGUGGAGGCAAUGCGGCCCAAAUGAUCAGUAGCCAUGCGGCAUCACUCUCCAAUGAUGGCCUUUCCGCCGUGCAACUGACAAGCGGUGGCAAUCAGGCAGCUAAUUUAUCAGCUGAAGAUAUCUAUGCUGUGUGCCCACCGCCGAUGCCGCCUGUGACACCCAUCGAUGUGGACAAUGGCGGUGGAGUGUCCAUAGGAGAAUCUGCUGCUGCUGCUGCUGCGGCGUCGUCUUCUGCUGCUGCAGAUGCAAAUUUGUCAGCAUCGCUGGCGUUGCGCUCGCGUCAUGCAUUCGCCUCGACGCCUUAUCGCACGCUGUUGCCGGCUAUUGACGAGGAGCCACUGCAGCAGAUGAGACCCUCGACAAUGCCACGAGUUCUGGAGCUGAACGAAGUAUCGACAGCUGAGUCGUCAGUCGGAGCCACAGUAAUUGAAGCAGCGGCUGUCGGGACAGUCGAUAUAGCUGUCUCCUUGACGCCACCAAUGCCGCGUGAUUGGACCUCCAUAUUUAGGCCACGCACUGCUCUGCCAAAUUACACAAGGGGCGUGGGAUACGACAAUCUUCUCACUCCGCCAAGAGGUUUGCGCCGGCGCAAACGGAAACGCAGACAGCCAGAGGCAUCAGCAGCAGCAGGAGCAGCAGAAGCAGCUGUGACAACAGCUCAAAAUCAAUUGGAGCAGAUUGUGAAUGUGCAGCCGCCCAGCAAUGAUGAGGUGAUGCUCGAUUAUUUGUCCAAUCUCUUCCACCAAAUAUGGUCAGAAGUCGAGGAGCCAAUGGCAGUGGCAGCCGCUGGACAAAUUGAGCCAGCGCCAGCUGCAAUUGAGAUAACAGAGUUGCCUCCAGGAGCCGAAGCCAGAGAGUUGAUUGAGUAUCAGCCAGCAGCUGGGGAAACAAAUGAAAUGCUGGCUUCGUCCAUGAGCACGGAGAGAACAACCGUUGUAGAGGUGACGGCGCCACCAACUCUGUCCACCGACAUAGAUGGAUUGCCCGAAGGAUCAACGCUCGCCUUACCACUGCCCGAACUGGGCGGCAGAUCUCUAGAGCAGGCACUGCCAUUGCCCCUGAGCUUGGAUGAGUUGCCUGAAAUGCCAUUGGUGACCUCCAUACAGAUUAUCCAACAGCCUUCGAGUGCGGUUGUCAAUGCUGGUCAAUCGAUAACUGAUCUGAAUGAAUCAACUGCCAUUAUACAAAGCGCAACCGAUAAAUCGUCUGGGGCAAAGGAAGAGACCCGCCUUAAGCGUGUGGAGAGAGAAUUGCGUGAGAGUCUCAGCUUCAUUGUGGAGCACAAGCAUCUGUUGCGUCUCAUGGUCGAUCAUAAUAUCCACUUGAGCGGUAAGCAACAGAGGGAGGAUCAGCUAAGGAGUCGCCAUGGAUCUGCCAUAGCCACCAGCAUAAACUUUCCUCAGUCGGACGGCAACGAGGACAGCAGCGACGGCGUGCGAUAUGUCGCCAUUCCAGCGAUGUACACCUACGAUCCACAGAUCAUACUCAAAAUGUCGGAGGUUAAGCUGAGUGUGAUGCAUAAACUGAUUGGCGCCUUAAUCCGCAAUGAUCGUGUGGAUUUGCGUGCCAAGGGUUUCUUCGAGACGCGCAUGGAAGCUGCCAUUGGCUAUCGUGUGCUCUUCGAGCUGAAAGCAGCCAACAUAAUCACGCUCGAUGCAGAUGCUCGCUAUGCAAUGCUAUUAUAGAGGGUGAGACAGAGAGAGGGAGAUGCGAGAGAAUUCGAUCAAAAAUGAAUUUUAUUUAGAUAAUGUUGAUUGAAAGUUAAUUUUAUCUCUACUAAAUUUUAUGAUAAUUAUUAAUAAUAAUCCAAUGUCUAUUAUAAGGCAAAUGUAUUUCCAAUUGCCGAAUUUUAAAAACAUUUUAUCCAUUUUAAUUUCAAGAGUUACAAAAUAUUAUAAAUAAUAAAUUUUUA